AUGUCCGACCCUCGCGAGGACGCUGGCACUGGAGGCGAGCAAAAGGCUAUCGUUGAUCUACCUGCCGACAUGGAUGCGGAGAAUCAGCAGCUUCCAAAACAGGUGGAAGAGAAGAGAUCAGUAUAUGCGGGCCUUGGGUGGUUAGACCGACUACUCGUCCUCUGGAUCCUAUUAGCAAUCACUGUCGGCAUCCUCCUUGGCAACUUCGUCGAAGGGGUUGGGCCGGCUCUGCAGAAAGGCAAAUUUGUCCAGGUGUCUGUUCCCAUAGCUGUCGGUCUCUUGGUGAUGAUGUACCCAAUCCUGUGCAAGGUCAAAUAUGAGACCUUGCACCGCGUCUUUGCCCACCGCCAGAUUUGGAUCCAACUGGGUUUCAGCGUCGUGGCCAACUGGAUUAUUGCGCCUCUUCUUAUGCUCGGGUUGGCUUGGGCUUUUCUGCCGGAUCGACCUGAACUGCGGAACGGCCUCAUAUUUGUGGGAUUAGCAAGAUGCAUUGCCAUGGUCCUGAUCUGGACAGGCCUUGCUGGGGGUGAUGAGGAGUACUGCGCCAUUCUCGUGGCCUUCAAUUCCAUCCUCCAAAUGGUCCUCUACGCACCUCUGGCCAUUCUUUUCGUCAACGUCAUAAGCGACGGCGGCGGGACCGAAGUCGCCUAUUCCACGGUCGCCCAGAGCGUCGGGGUCUUUCUUGGCAUACCUCUCGGAGCUGCCAUCGCCACGCGCUUGAUCCUCAGGAGCAUCAACGCCACGUGGUACGACCAGAAAUUCCUCGGGUGGAUCGCUCCGUGGUCGCUCUUGGGGCUCCUGUACACGAUUCUCGUUCUGUUCGCUUCCCAAGGCAAGCAGGUCGUUCAUCAGAUUGUCUCGGUCGUCCGGGUAGCUGCUCCUCUUGUGGUAUACUUUGUGGUUAUUUUCUUCGUGACCCUGUUGAUCACGAGACGCAUCGGAUUUGGAUACAAGCUCGCGGCCACUCAGAGCUUCACUGCCGCCAGCAACAACUUCGAGCUGGCCAUCGCGGUUGCCGUGGCCACUUUUGGCGCCAACAGCGACGAGGCGCUGGCCACGACCGUCGGCCCGCUGAUCGAGGUGCCAGUUUUGAUCUCACUUGUGUAUGUUGUGAGAUGGAUCGCUGGUCGUUGGAAAUGGCAAGACUGA